AUGACCAUCAAAAAAUUUUUGAUUGAAUAUGACUCCAUCAACAGCUGGAACACCUUCACAAACGGAGAUGUAAUCAAUGGGAGGAUCAUUGUUGAUGCCUCGAAGGAGGCAAAGAUUCAGUCUCUGGUCUUUAUAGCCACAGGAGCAGCUCAGGUUGUCCUGACUGAAUACUAUGGAGAUAAUCAACGUCGUGUUUACGUGGCUAAUGAGUACUACUACGAAUUCAAACAUCACAUCUUGGGAGGAGAGAGGCAAGCUGGGACUGAAAUCAUUGGAAAAGGCGCCAAUGUGUUUCCUUUUACUUUCAGGAUUCCUGAUGGGAGAAUCCCCUCCACUUUUGAAACACCUCCAGGGAAGAUAGUCCACAAGUUGAAGGCUGAGCUUCAUCAGUCAUGGAACAAAACAAAAACUGCGAAAGUCCAUUUCCAUUUUGUGUCCAAAGCAGACAUGAGCAUUCCGAACCUUCUGGUUCCUCAUUCUGGCUGCAAUUCUAAAAACGUCAGGGUUUUUGGCUCUGGAACAGUUUCUUUGGAUGUUCGCAUCGACAAAAUGGGAUACAGACAAGGUGAAAUUCUCCAAGUCACAAUUGAAAUCAGAAACACCACCAGUCGUUCAGUGAAGCCUAAAUUUGUGCUCUAUGAGAAGAGGAGUUAUUUUGCACAAGGACAUAAGAUGUUUCCCACAAGAGAGAUCCUCAAGGAGAAGGCUGAGGCUGUGAAGGCUUCAUCUGGCAGCAAAACUGUCACCAAAACGAUCACCAUCCCGAGAGAGCUGCCAACCACCAUCCUGAACUGCUCCAUCAUCAAGCGGGAAUACAGUCUGAAGGUAUUCCUGAAGAUCAAACGUGCUUCGAAUCCAGAGGUCACACUCCCCAUAGUCAUCCUCCCUUUCUGAUGAAGAAGGAUCAUCUGCAGCUGACAACUUUGGACCUGAAUC